AUGCUUACCAUGACCAGUUCCUACCAUUAUUUGGACAAACUAGAUGAUUUGGUCAACGGAAAUUACAAUCAGAGUCUACACCGAAGCAUCAAAAUGAAACCGGCCGAUGUCAACGAGUCUAAUGGACACGCUGUUUGGAGAACCUUGUACGGUAAACAAUCAGCCCCCACCAAGUAUAAAUUCAAGGUAGGAGAUCAAGUCAAGAUCAGUAAGCACAAGCGAAUCUUUCAGAAAGGUCAUCUGCCAUCCUGGACGAAGGAGACAUUUACCUUUGCCCAACGAAUACCCCGAGAUCCUCCGGCGUAUCGCCUAAAGGAAGCAGACGGUGAUUUCAUUCAAGGCACCUUUUCUGAGCCAGGGCUACAGAAAGUACUAGAAAAGCCAGAUCACUUGUUUCGCAUUGAAAAAAUUUUAAAGUAUCGUGGAAAAGGUGCUUCCCAAGAAGCGUUGGUUCAUUGGAAAGGUUGGCCCAAGAAAUACGAUAGUUGGAUUACUCAUAAGCAGCUGGUGUCCUUACAGUAA